UCUUAUCCACAACCACAACAAACGAGAAGAUCAAAGGCUCCUCUCUGUGACACAACAACACAACACAACACAACACACAAUGGCUACUGUCUUUUCCAUAUGUUCAGGUUCUGCUUUUCUUUCUCACAGCAGGAGCUUCCCCUUUGCAUCCAAGGGUUCACUCCUUCACCCCAAAAGGCCACUCUCAGCGAAGUGUGAAGCUUCUUUGGGAACUGAGAUAUCAGUGCCUCCAGCAGUUGACACCUUCUGGCAGUGGCUUAAAGAAGAAGGUGUUGUUUCUGCAAAGACCCCAGUGAAGGCUGGUGUGGUCCACGAAGGCAUAGGACUUGUUGCCCUCAAAGACAUUUCUAGGAAUGAUGUUGUGUUGCAGGUUCCCAAGAGGCUUUGGAUUAACCCUGAUGCUGUCGCUGCUUCAGAGAUUGGGAAUGUGUGCAGUGGCUUGAAGCCUUGGUUGGCUGUUGCACUUUUCUUGAUCAGAGAGAGGUCAAGGGAUGAUUCUCUUUGGAAGCACUACUUCACUAUUCUGCCAAAGGAAACUGAUUCUACUAUUUAUUGGUCAGAGGAGGAGCUGUCAGAGCUACAAGGGACUCAACUUCUGAGCACAACACUGAGUGUGAAAGAGUAUGUGCAGAGUGAAUUUAGGAGACUGGAAGAAGAUAUCAUACUCCCUAAUAAGCAGCUUUUCCCUUUUCCUAUUACACUUGAUGACUUCUUCUGGGCAUUUGGAAUUCUAAGAUCAAGGGCAUUUUCUCGCCUUCGCAAUGAAAAUCUGGUUGUGAUUCCAUUCGCAGACUUGAUAAACCAUAGUGCCAGAGUAACUACAGAAGAUCAUGCUUAUGAAAUUAAAGGAGCAGCUGGUCUCUUCUCCUGGGAUUACCUAUUUUCCCUAAGGAGCCCCCUUUCUGUUAAGGCUGGGGACCAGGUAUACAUUCAAUAUGAUUUAAAGAAAAGCAAUGCUGAGUUGGCUCUGGACUACGGUUUCGCUGAACCAAAUGCAGAUCGGAAUGCAUAUACCCUGACACUGCAGAUAUCAGAAUCCGACCCCUUUUUUGAUGACAAACUAGACAUUGCUGAGUCCAAUGGUUUUGGUGAGACAGCAUACUUUGACAUCUUCUACAGCCGCCCACUUCCGCCUGGGUUGCUUCCAUAUCUGAGACUAGUAGCUCUCGGGGGUACUGACGCUUUCCUAUUGGAGUCACUAUUUAGAAACUCCAUCUGGGGUCAUCUUGAAUUGCCUGUGAGUCGUGACAACGAGGAGUUAAUAUGCCGAGUGGUUCGAGAAGCCUGCAAAUCUGCCCUUGCUGGUUAUCAUACUACUAUUGAAGAGGAUCAAAAGCUGAAAGAAGCAAGUCUAGAUUCAAGACUUGCUAUAGCAGUUGAAGUUAGACAAGGGGAGAAGAAGGUCCUACAGCAAAUCGAUGAGAUAUUCAAAGAGAAAGAAAAGGAAUUGGACCAGUUAGAAUAUUAUCAAGAAAGGAGGCUCAAGGACCUUGGACUUUGCGGGGAAAAUGGUGAUAUCCUUGGGGACCUUGGAAAAUUCUUUUAGGAAGCAGUUGCACCUGUUAAGGAGACAUUUUUUGUCUGCAUUUCAUAGAACUAGAAAACAGAAACACUCGGUGAAUCACCAAUAGAAUCUUCCAACACGUAUCCGUGACAGUCACUCGAUCUUUGCAGAGAAUCACAAUCACGUUUUGACAGCCCCAGCCACGUUUAUUAAAACCCCGUUACACGAUUGCUGCUUGUAAAGAGGAAGAUAUAAUGCAUUAAGUACACUUCCAUACCCUUUAUAUCGUGAUAAUGAAAUUAGAAUGGCUAAUCUGAAUUGAAGA